AUGCUCGUGGCGGACAAGAUUUUGCCGAAGUGGAAAGGGAAGACGUGCCCUCACUGUCAGGUUGGCAUCUUGUCCGACCUAUGUGUGGAAAAGCGCACCUCUUUGUACAAACAUCGGUGCAGCUCCCGCCAUUGCCACAAGUAUGUGAGCCCUCACCACUUGCAUCCGGUAUUCACCCAAGGAACGGGUUCAUCUUCACGGGGCCUCCAGAUACAAGCAUCUCUUCUGCUACUUAAACUGCUACGCGUACCACAUCCAGCCAUCCACGUCCUCUUGAAUGUGAACCACAAGGCUAUCGAAGACAUGGAGACGAGGAUUUGCGACCUUCGUAAAGCAUUCGUGGAAAAGCAGGAGAAAAACAUCGUGUUUGGCGACGGCAAAACCUGGAAAGAUGUGGAAGCAGAUGAAGCUACAUUCGACAGAAGGGAUAUUUCCCAGGAUGUGGACUUCAAGCACCUCGUGAAGAACAACAAAACCACGACCAUGUGGGAACAGUGGGCGGGGGUAAUCCAGCGAGGCCGCCCUGAAACGCUCAUACUCUCCAGGUUGAAGCCGAAACUCACUGUCAAGCGAGCACCAGGGCCAGGAGCAAUCAGGCGCACCGAGUGGAAGACCCUAGGAACGAAGCUUCUCAAGGACCGCAAGGUUGUCCUCCACACGGAUGCGGCCCGGUCCUACAAGGCCAAGAUCGACGGUGUCAUUCACGACAAGGUAGUUCAUGCCAAAAAGCGCGUGAAGCGCAACGGCAAGUUCAUCUGGCAGAACCCGAAGUAUGUCAAGGUCGUGACCCACAAGAUCCCUAAGUCCAACAAAAAGAUCGUUGUGAAGUCUGGAACACAGAUUAUCGAUCGUUGUUGGAGGUUUUUGAAGGACCGGGUCAGAGUGAACCAGCACACCAAGGCUGGUAGCAGACAGCUAUGUGCCAAACUGAGGUCUGCUCAAUAUGAGUAUUGGUACCGUAAUGAGGACCAAUGGCUUAAGUUUGGCGAACUGUGCGCUGAUAACAUGCGCAAGUUUAUGAAGUAA